AUGGCUUGCGAAAAAGAAGAAGAAUCGAUCCUGCGCAUUCUGCUUCAGGAUCUCGAACAUCUGGAACACAAUCAAAAAGGUAAACAGAGGGAGGGGGAAUUUUCAGACCUUGCAAUCGCCCUCAAUUGUAUGAAGGAUGACUGUCUCGCUGAACAAACAUCGAUUGAAGAUGGAAUCAUGGCUCUCAGCAUAAGUACGGCAGUCGCUACCGAUCAAAAUGAGCUGGCAUCCAUCAAGUGCGAAGAAACAAUUGCCGAGUACGAUCAUCAACUUGCUCUUGCCUUGGAAAAGGGAGAUUCCAACGAUGAUGAUGUCGCCGAUGUGUCCAAUUUAUGCGAUAGGGCUUUGAGAGAAGUGAAUGAAGACCCUCUUUCCACCGUCAUCGGGGAUCUAAUGGGCCGGAUGGAUCUGAGCAGUAAGUCACUGGAUGACGAAAGCUCCUCAUCUUUCUCCUCGUCCCACAAAGGACCUUCCAUGAAACAGUGUGUCUCUUGCCUUGAAAAUUUUGAUACGACGGUGACUGUGCGUCCUUGUGCCCACGAGUUCUGCCGGGAAUGCAUGAGACAAUUAUUUUUGGGUGCAACCAAAGACGAAGAGCUAUAUCCGCCACGCUGUUGCGGCAACGUUGUCCCUCCUGGAUUGGCGCUGAGGCUUUUGAGUUACAAGGAACUCCGAGACUUCAGUGAAAGUGCUCUCGAAUGGACCGCCAAGGAUCGCCUUUACUGCGCUGAGCCCAGUUGUUCAAAGUUCAUCCCCCCAUUUGCUAUUCGGAAUGAAUUUGGCACUUGCACACGUUGUCACCGCCAGACGCAUGUACAUUGCCGGUCAUUUGCACAUCCUGGUAUUGACUGCCCGAUGGAUGAUGCACUUCAUGAUGUUUUGCAGAUUGCCGAUACUGAGAAUUGGCAGCGUUGCUUCAACUGUCGUGCCAUGGUAGAGCUCCAACACGGGUGCAAUCAUAUCACCUGUCGGUAA